GGGGGAGGAGAGGACUUUCUAGAUGUUGCAUUGAUGCUAUUUAACCUCGUGAGGCAAAUUUUCUUACUGGAAUAACUUGAUUGCUCGCUGGAAGCCUCAAGGGAAAUGCGCAAAAAGAUGCAAUGCUAUUAAAACAUAAUUUUCCAGAACUCGUCGAAACAACUGCUGGCAGUCUAGAGUCCAAAGUGCUGUGGUUAAUUGAAAUGUUAAAAAAAAAAAUCACAAUGAAGCAGUAAUUCAAGAAACAGAAUCUUAUUUAGAGGACUGGGGGGAAAAAUCUCUAGGUUGGUGUGAGGAGGAGGGGACUGUCCGCCUUCCCGAAAUGAGUGUUUGGUCACUAGUAAGCCCUGGUGAGCACACUGCUUUCCAGACAUCCAGCUAGCCACGAAAAGUAAACGAAGUCUUGAGUUUCAAAAACGUUUCGAGAAAUAAGGUUAAUCUGAGCUUCUGUCAAGGUCAAUACGGACUCGUGAGAGCAGACAAAAAUUAACACUUGAAUGUUUGACUUCCGGUUUCAAUUUAUGAAGUGACUGAGAAGAAGGAGUGAGCACCUUGCCUUUGCAAACAGGACAGCAUGGAGCAGCCAUUUACUGUGAAUUCUCUGAAAAAGUUAGCUGCUAUACCUGACCAUACAGAUGUUUCUCUAAGUCCAGAGGAACGGGUCCGCGCCCUAAGCAAGCUUGGUUGUAAUAUCUCCAUUAAUGAAGACAUCACCCCACGCCGUUACUUCCGGUCCGGAGUGGAAAUGGAAAGGAUGGCAUCUGUGUAUUUGGAAGAAGGAAACCUGGAAAAUGCCUUUGUUCUUUAUAACAAAUUUAUAACAUUAUUUGUAGAGAAACUUCCCAGCCAUCGAGAUUAUCAGCAGUGUGCGGUUCCAGAGAAGCAGGAUAUCAUGAAGAAACUGAAGGAGAUUGCAUUCCCAAGGACAGAUGAACUGAAAACGGACCUGCUAAGGAAAUACAACAUAGAAUACCAAGAGUACUUGCAAAGUAAAAACAAAUAUAAAGCCGAAAUUCUCAAAAAGUUGGAACAUCAAAGACUGAUAGAGGCCGAGCGCCAGCGGAUAGCCCAGAUGCGCCAGCAGCAACUAGAGUCGGAACAGUUUCUGUUUUUUGAAGAUCAACUCAAGAAGCAGGAGUUGGCUCGGGGCCAGACUCGAGGUCAGGACUCCUCGAUGCUGUCUGAGCAGACUGACGGAAGUGGGCUGUCCUGCUUUUCCACCCAACAGAACAACUCUCUGAGGAACGUAUUUGCAGAUCAUCCUCAUAAAAGUGAUGGAAGCGAUUUCGCUAACUACUCUCCUCCGGUGAACAGGGCCCUAAAGCCAGCGGCCACCCUGAGUGCUGUUCAAAAUUUAGUGGUUGAAGGAUUGAGGUGCGUAGUUCUAUCAAGAGAUCUUUGUCAUAAAUUUCUGCUGCUGGCUGACUCUAACACAGUGAGAGGAAUAGAAACCUGUGGGAUCCUCUGUGGAAAACUGACGCACAAUGAAUUCACCAUUACCCAUGUGGUUGUACCAAAGCAGUCUGCUGGUCCAGACUAUUGCGAUGUGGAGAACGUAGAAGAAUUAUUCAGUGUUCAGGAUCAACAUGGUCUCCUCACACUGGGAUGGAUUCAUACACACCCCACGCAAACGGCAUUUCUGUCUAGUGUGGACCUGCACACUCACUGCUCCUAUCAGCUUAUGUUGCCGGAGGCCAUUGCUAUCGUGUGUUCCCCAAAGCAUAAAGACACCGGCAUUUUCAGGCUCACCAACGCUGGCAUGCUUGAGGUUUCUACUUGUAAAAAGAAGGGCUUCCACCCUCACACCAAGGACCCCAAGCUGUUCAGUAUAUGCAGCCAUGUGUUAGUAAAAGACAUAAAAACAACUGUGUUGGAUCUGAGGUGACAUGCUCUAAAUACAAGACCAUCUGUACCAGACACCUGCCAUGAAUGCGUGUGGCUGCCGAAUUUCUUAUGAUGUUUUCUGAAGUGACUGAUAUUUUAUAUUUAUAUAUUUUAGACCAAAACUUUGAUAUUUAUUGUCCUUGCACAUUUUGAAGUUUCCUUUUUUGGGUUGCUGUGUCUCAAAAGAGGCCCCAUCGUGUUCAGUCUAUACCUCUUAGUAUACCCAAAUGAUGCCAUCCGAAAUAAAUUGUGCUGCAAAUAACAAGA